AUGCUUACCUGUCGAGCCUUUCUCCUCCUCCUCCUCCUCUUCCUUACUAUCUCAACCACCAUCGGCACUAGGAUUCCUUUGACCCACACCAACAGCCCGACUACCCGUCGUCACCUGGCGAACUUCUACCACCACACGGCAUACUAUGUGACCCUCGGCGUGGGCACCCCGCCGCAGAGCCAAGACCUGUUCAUCGACACGGACAACAAUCUCCUCUAUGACAACAUCCUCGUCUGCAAUGUCUCAACAGCGGUCUGCACGUACGACUAUGGGUACUCGGGCGGGCUCCACACUCAAAGAACCAUGGCCCUCGAGAGCGUCAUGGUUAGGGACUUGGUGGUCCCCGACAGAGUGCCCGUGGGAUGCGCCCAUGUGGCUAACUUCAUGGCUAAUUUCACCGUGAACGGGGUUCUGGGCCUGGCUGGCGGGUCCCUCUCGCUGGCGAGCCAGUCGAGCGGGACGCUAGGUGGGGCUUUCAGCUACUGUCUCAGCUACACCUCCAAGUUCUCGAGCUACUACUACAUUGGCCUCACGGGCCUUGGGGUCGACGGGGUCCGAGUGGAUGGCAUAAACGAGAUGAUCUUUAGGAUGUCGGACGAGGAAGAUAGAGGGAUGAUAGUGGACACGGGGAUGACGGUCACGAUGUUACCUGCGGAAGCCUACAUUAAGCUAUGGGAUGUGUUCAUAAAGGCGAUGGGGAACGUGACGACAAGAUCGAGUCACAACAUGUGUUAUCAGCUCGACGAGACGGAGAGGAUACCGAAUAUCACGCUUUUCUUUUCCCAUGGGCCGAGCUUGACGACCAAGCAUCCUCUGUACGGUUUGUACAAUUGCUUCGCAUUUGCUCCGUUGGAAUCGGAUCAGAGCCCAAGCGUAAUCGUCAACGUUGCGCAACAAGGCACUCGGAUCUUGGUGACAAUCCAUAACCCCUUCCGAAAACUCUCUCCCACUCAAAUGAUUCAUUCUAGGCCUGGUCACACUUCUAAGAAGGAUAUCAGAAGGAAGGCUGAUCCUAUCCUUGAUGGUUUUAUUGACCCCCAGCAAAACAAAUUCCCCCAUCUACAACAACCGUUUUAG